CCCCUUCGACAAGUAUGCACAUAAUGUGAUUUGACGUGAUGUUACCCGAUGCGCAUGGAUUAGGUAUAUAAAUAUUAAAGUUGAUUGUAUCCCAAAGUUAGAAGUUACGUCCGCGGUACCUUCUGUCAUGUUCGAUUGCGCUACACAAAGUGAAUAACAUAAGGAAAGGCCAAAACGAUAAGAAUUAAUGCUACUGCAUAUAUAGAUAUAAGCAACGUCAUUUCCAUAUAUUUACCUCUGGUACAAUGGACUAGAGGUAAAAAUCUAGAGAAUUAAUUACGUUGCAGAUCCUAGAUCGGCAAGGAAGGGGCGACCUAGUUGAUAUAUUAAUAGAUAAUGUAGUCCAUCAACUAAUGCCGCGUACAAUAACUUAUUUCAUUAUUAGUUUUCUACCCUUUCUUACCGUCAAGAUAGCCUUGUAAUCCAUUAGCCAGCUUUUAUCAAAUGCAACUCAACUCAAUUUCACACCCGACAGCUAAGUCAUAUUACCCAUAUUCCUAAAUUUUCUCAUCCUACCAUAUUAAAUAAAGCCCUAACUACUUUCAAGCGUUGUCAGUGCGCCACCACUUAGGUCGGACAACAGUAAAUUAAAAUAGAGACAACAAUGGACAAUAACCUGCCAGAGGAGGUGGAGGCAUACUUGGAGGAAAUUGUCAAGCGUCUCACUGAUUACCUGAAAGACCAGCUCGUUGGGGUGUAUCUGUUUGGUUCAGCGAGUUAUGGCGCCUACGAGUCUGGUCGCAGCGACCUUGACGUACAGGCUAUAGUGAAGGAUCCACUUGGUACCGUUGAUAAGCAGGCAGUUAUAUGCCGGUUGAACCAGACUGUCUUGCCUUGCCCGGCUACCAAACUCGAGUUUGUGGUCUAUGCUCAAAGCGCUGUGUAUCCGGCCAGCCGUCACCCUCGUUUCGAACUUAAUAUGAACACAGGACUUCACCAACCUGAUCAUGUCAGUCUCGAUCCCGCUAACGAGUCAAGCCACUGGUUUUUGCUCGAUAUUGCCACGGGACGCGAACUUGGCCGUAGCCUGCACGGCCCUGAUACGACAGACGCUUUCGGCACUAUUCCUCGACAAUGGAUUUUGGAAGCAAUCGAGAAUUCGCUCGACUGGCACCAAGCAAACGAAGUAAACUCCGCCAACAGCGUUCUCAACGCUUGCCGAGGCUGGCGAUUCAUCGUCACAGGUGAAUUUUCUUCUAAAUUGGACGGGGCGAAAUGGGCCAUGAAACAAAAGGCUUGUCCGGAUAUUGUCAGCCGUGCCCUUGCAGCGCACAAAACAGGAGAUGAACUCUCUGCGGCCCAGGUGAUGACGCUUCACGAUAUUGUUAAAAAGGCCAGCCGUGCCAAACUCGUGAAAGAUUAAAUAAAUAAGUCUUGCCCUAUCUACGGCAGCAUGUGAGCUAUUUAAGUCAGGAAGCAGAUGUGACAAUGAAAUAAUUCAUUUUCUACACCCUCGAGGAGAUUCAAGCAAGCUCCUGAGCGCGCAAACAAACUGGUUAAACUGGUUAGGUUAGGUUACAUCUCAGUUACGGGGAUCAUUAAGUUGCGAGAGGAACUUUUUUCGGCUUGUAUUGCCAAGAAGAUCUCGGUUAGAUUAUCUUAUAUCAUUAGCGAAAUGUAUGACUACGCAGCAACUACCCAAAAAAGUAUAUAGAUGUUUAGGUGUGGCUUAAUGUGGUUUUAGUGCGUCAUGGAUGUCUUACAUUAAAUUAUAUAUUUUCAUUUUA